CUUUUAAGCAGCGCUGAGGAAGUAGAAGCGUCAUUAGGUGACGGCCGGGAUGAUGGUGCUCCUCUCGUUCCUGUUGGCUCUCAGCCUAGUCUCAGAGCUGCUCGCUGGACCGCUGCCCAAGCGAGAUGCCCUGGACCGCUCGGAGGUCCGCUGCUCUCAGGGUCUGCAGUGCAAAGCAAAGCAACACAACCCCUUCUCCUCCUCUCCGUGCCGGAGUCCUCCUGAGGGCGCGCGGACCCCCAACGUCACCCUCUCCUCCGCCCUGCACUGCUCGGGCGCUCAGAGGUGCUCCCUGCAGCUGGUCGUGUCCACCUCCUUGAUCCUCACCGAACCAGUGCACGGCCUUACCAUCUGCGUCCAGGCGCCGGGACGCACGGCGAGGUGUGAACAAGUCCACUUCUCGAAGUCCUCCAGGAAACGGAUGGAAGGAUCUCUGGUGAAGGUGACCAGCCAGUCUGUCGGGGUCUCCCCGGGCCAGGAGGCCAGGGUGAGGGUUCACAUGGUGCCUGAGCUCUGUGGCAGAGGCUGGACCGGAACCUUCCACGCUCCAGAAUGCAGCAGCGGUGAUCUCCGAGAAAAAGUCCCACAAUGCAUCACUGGUAGUCUCCAUUACUCUGUCCUCCAAAAGGAAAGCAAGCUGGUGGUGUCUGUGUCGGACAUGUUGGACGACCAGGACUACCGGCUCAGGCUCUGCCUAGAGAGCUACGUCUGCUCUGGGACGGGGGCUGUCGCCCUGAUAAAGAAGGAGGAGGCGGUGAAGGAGGUUUCUCUCUCCUUCUCCCGACCAGUGCCCUGUCUAUGCAUUGAGGGCUGGUCAGCCGUGAUGGACGCUCCCAGGGUGCGAGUCUGUCCCUUCAGAGACCAUACGGACCAGUUGUGGUUCGGGGUGACCUUUGACCCAAUGGAACAGGAGCUGUCAUGGCAACCGGCGUGCCCGGUGGACGUGGUGGUGUCGCUGUGUCAGAUUGGGGCAGAGGACGUCUGUGAGGACCUCCCACACGCCAACCAGACCACCCGCACCAGCAAGGUGAAAUUCACUAAGGUGGACGCCAACCCUCAUCUCUGUGUCAAGUUCACCACGGCCUCCGGGUGCUGGACCAAAUGUCCCUUCAAAAAAACCAACCUCCCACUGAACCCCCCCUCACCCCAACGUCCCGUGCCCCGCGCCCGUCUGAGGCGCUACAGUCGUCCCAGCGGCCCCUGCCCGUCUCAUGGGGGACCACGGACCGAACCAUUUCAAAACGGGGAACCGCCGUCUUAUUUUCUUGUCGCCACUUGCAAAAUUAUGUAAAUGAAUGUUUAUAAUUUAUUGUAUUUAUCCGACAAUGGAUUCCAUAUUUAUGGAUUCUAUCGCUUAUUUGUAUAUAGAUAUCCAUCUAUCGAUCUCUAUAGAUGUAUGUAUAAAACCUAUUUUUUUUACAUAUGCAGCUCAAUGACUCCACGUCUUUUGUUAUACAGCUUGUUCAGUGGCUUGUUUACAGUUUGUUUGACAGCCUGUUUGACUGCUUGAUUGACAGCUGUCUGUUGCUGACGUUCUGCACCUCUGCUAAUCGACUGCCUCUACAAACAACUUUUCCCAGCAUGAGCACAACUUGCACCUCAUUUAAUGUCAGCAUCUGCAUCCGAUUUGACAUAAAAUAUGUUUGAUAACCUCAUCUAGGCUUCUGUAAUGCAGGCUCAUGAAAUGCAACAGUGGCGCCACCGGUCUGACCUCGAACGGUAUUCAAACUCGCAUCCGAGUCAAAGUUGAACUGAAUUUUGUUUUUAAUUGUCUUUUAUAAUGUACCAAUAUCUUUUGAUGGUGUUGAAAUGCUGCCGAACUUUCGAAUGUGAUAUUGUGCAACCUUCUAGAAUCUAGACCAAAGGUGUAGAAUGUGCUCUGCCUAGAGAUGAGGACUGGAUAGGGCCAUUGCCUUUACACAAAAGGGGAUAUCAGACUCAAAGUUCACCCAGAACACUGAGUUAAGCCCGAGUCAUUACCCCACCCCCACAAGAGCAAGAACGCACAGGCUUUUCUUUCUGUAAGCCACCCCAUCCUCCAAUCUGACUGAGGCCGUUACACAUUCUGAUCUGCGGAACCCCUACUACAGAACCCCAACCUCCACACUGAUGGAGGCUGUGUCGCAUGCUGUGCCAUGGUACCCCUCAUUCAGCACUGCAUCCCCGUCCUCCACACUUACUGAGGCUGUUAUGCUUGCUUUGAUACGGUUCAACUAUCAUAGAAACCCAGUUGUAAUAAACGUCUUUCUAUUGAAGAUUCGAGGUCGAACCAAACUCUGUGUGUGUGUGUGUGGGAGUGCUGUAACAUGCCCUCUUCUGUGAAGCUAGUGGCGUAUUUACCACGCACUGAACCAGGAAGUAAGGAUUAUCUGUUGACAGCUGUCUCCUCCCGAUGCAAAUUUCCAUUGUACAAUUGAACCGUGGAGGAAGUUGAUAUUUUGGUGGACUAAGGACUUUUAUUAUGUUACAAUGACUCGCAUCGUUACUGCCUCCUCAAAGCAGGUCCGACUUGAAUUCAUCUUUAUGGACCAUAAAGCAUACCGGUUGUACAGGUUUAUCAAAGCAGUUGUCUGUCUGUCUGUCUUAAGUGUGCUGGUCCGAGUUUAAUAAAACAAUGCAUUUCUAAAGCCUCCGCA